GCUUGCUCAAGCCCAGCCAAACUCUAGUUCUCACGUCAUCAAACCUCCUAACCAUUGGCUCCCACGCGUUUUUCAUAUGGGCUAUUGACACGUGUCCUUAGUGGAUCCCAGCUAGCCUCUUGUUUCUUCGUGACUAAGCUUAAAUAUCGAGCUUUUUUGGGGACCCACCGACGGCUACGUCACACCAAGUGUGGUCCUUUAGAACCCUAAGGCCCCACGCUGUAUAGUGCCACCUGACUCAAAAGCAAAGCCCUGUACAUAUACGGCUUUCUUAAGCAAUACGGUUCUGGACAAAAGUACCCUUGGUAGCCCAACUUAAUUUCACCAAUUGGUCACUCAGGUUCGGCUUUAAAUCUGAAGCCCCAACGCUUCGUUCCUUCCCUUUCCUCCUCCCUCCUCCCUCUCUGUCUAGAUUACAAGUUCAGAGAGUUUUUAUUGUUGCAACCAUGUUGUCUGCUGUUCCAGCCAUGCUUCCCUCUGACUCCCUCCUCCAUUUUCCCACUUUCGACGGGGGCUUUACCCCCGGCGGUUUCACCCCGUGGGAUUGCUCGGAGCAUUUUCCGGCAAUCCCAUCACCAAUACCCGUGAUCUCAACCCUAAGUUCAUCUUUGGUUCAAUCUCCCAAAACAGUAAUUUUGAGUUCUGGUUCGGAUGACGCCCCGAACCGGCCGGACCGGACCCAUGCCAAUGCAAAGUCAUGCCAAAAUGACGACUCGAACCGUACAGUUUCGGUGGUGGACGAGCGGAAGAGGAGGCGGAUGAUAUCGAACCGGGAGUCGGCCAGGCGGUCACGGAUGCGAAAACAAAAGCACAUAGAAAACCUAAGGAACCAGGUGAACCGGCUUAGGGUUGAGAACCGGGAACUGAACAACCGGUUGAGGAUCGUUUUGUACCAUUUUCAGCUCGUACGGACAGACAACGAUAGGCUCCGAUCCGACCACGUUAUGCUCCUGAAGAAAUUGUCGGACAUACGUCGAAUUCUGGUUUUCCGACAGCACUUGUCUUCUGCGUGGCCAUGCGAUACCAUUAUUCCACAACAAACCCCAUAAUUAAUUACGUGUUUGAUUAUAUUUCUCAGUCAAUCUGUGUCUGCUGAGUGCAAUACCAUUCGAUCUAUCAUCAGGGGAAGAGAAAAUGUCAUUUCCAUUGAAGAUAUAAGGUUCCAGUUGCUUGCUGAAGAGGCAAUGGUGGAGAAUACUUCUAUUACUCCUUUCUUGAUUGCAAUGAUGAUUGCAAUGCAUGUGGCUCCAUAUACACCUCCCAUGAGUCUUAAUUCUUUUUCUCAACAAAUUUGGCUCACAAAUUUAGCAGCAACCAAUCAUAUGACUGCUGACUUGCAGAAUCUAUCCAUGUCUACACCAUAUCCAACAUCUAAGACUGAUGAUGUUUGGUGUAUAAAUGAGAUGAUCGUCGACGAUGCUUUAAUAGAUGCAGUAACUACUAAGAUCAUGUUGAGCGAUGACAUUGAACCCUGUUUAAUUGAUGAAUGUCAGCAUAAAACCGAUUGGUCAAAGUGGAAACAAGCAAUUCAAGUUGAACUUGAUUCGCUUGCGAAAUGUAAGGUGUUUAGACCUGUAGCUUUUAUUUCUCCACAUGUGAAGCCUGUUAGCUACAAGUGCGUUUCGUUCGAAAAGUAA